AUGGUUUCAACAGGCAUUCCGCUAGAUACCGCCGCUAUCAUUUCAACAGCGCUGGAAGGCAUCUUAUACGGCUUUUCAGUUCUCAUGUUUAUGGGUACCAUGUGGGUAUCAAUCUACCACAAACCUAGUACAAAUCACCCGCUCGCUUUGGCGGCAAUCCUGCUGUUGAUACUGAGUACUGCACACUUGGUCAUAGACAUCAUUCGUCUCGAAGAUGGAUUUGUCAAGUAUCGCGACACCUUCCCUGGCGGACCAGUGGCGUUCUUCCAAGACAUCAGCCAGCCAACAUUUGUGACAAAGAACCUAAUAUAUGCCUUACAAACUAUGAUUGGCGAUGGGGUGGUGAUUUAUCGCUGUUAUGCCGUUUGGCAAUCCCUUUGGGUGAUCAUCCUACCAAGUAUAUUGUGGUGCGGCUCCUCAGUGGCUGCUUUAAUCGCGCCCUACUACGCUUCGCAGGCAACUGGCGGAAAUAUCUAUACCAAUCAGACUGCACAAUGGAUCACGGUGUUGUUUGUCUUAACACUUUCAACCAAUCUGAUAAGUUCAGGAUUACUCGUGUAUCGCAUCUGGAUGACUGAACGCAGAGUCUCUGCAAAUCGUGCUACAAAUGGCACCAUGAUGCCUAUCGUGCACGUGCUCAUAGAUGCCGCUAUCAUAUACUCUGCAGCCCUGUUCACCAUACUAAUCUGUUUCGUCUGCGCGAACAACGCUCAGUUCAUCAUGCUAGACAUGAUCAUGCCAAUCAUCUCGAUUGCCUUCUGCAUGGUAUUGAUUCGCCUUACACCCAGGAAAAUCACUCCAAGUUACUUCCCGACUUUUAGCAUGGAAAUCAACGAGAGGGAAAGAAGAGAUUCGCAGCAAUAUCCUAUGAAGCCUUUGCAGGUCCAUGUAUCCCAGUGGAUACAUAAUGACGGUAUGGAGUAG